AUGGCGGCGACGGAGACCCCGCAGACGCCGACGCCGUCGUGGAUCCACCCGUCCGCGGCGUCGUUCUACGCCUCCGACGCGCUGAGGAAGACAGCUCAGCGAGUGAAGACGCGCCGCGGCGUUCUCAACGUAGCGCUCGAUCGCGCGUGGCGGGGACGGGGACGGGGACGGGGACGGGGACACCUCCUGUGGCUCGAGUUUGGCGUCUGGAAGGGCGACGACAUCGCGCACAUCGCGUCGUGGCUGCGCGAGAAGCAUCGUCGAAGCGGAGGAGGAGGGCGCCGCGGCGACGGCGACGGCGACGGCGACGACGAUGAUGGGGCGCCGGUCGUGCACGGGUUCGACUCGUUCGAGGGGCUGCCCGCGGAGUGGCGCGACCGCUUCCCCGCGGGCGCGUUCGACCUGUGCGGCGCGCCGCCGACGCUCGACGGCGCGAACAUCGAGCUGCACAAGGGCUGGUUCGAAGACACCGUGCGCGCGUUCUUGGACGACGACGACGCGCGACGACGACGACGACGACGACGACGCGACGAGAAAAUAAAGUGGCGACGGGAAAAGUCCUUAAGGAACGGCGUUCACAUCGCGAACGGGGUCGUAUGGGAAGCAGUCUCAACGAGGACGGCGAAUGAUGAUGAUGAUACGACGACGGCGGCGGCGGCGGCGGCGUUCGUGCACGCGGACGCGGACCUCCACGCCUCCACGGCGACGUUCCUCACCGCGCUGUGCGAGCGCGGGCUCGUCGUGCCCGGCACGGUGAUCGUCUUCGACGAGUACGUCAACUACGACGGCUGGGAACGCGGCGAGUUUUUGGCGUGGGAGGAGUGCCGCGAGCGGUUCGGGCGCGUUCUAUCUCACACUGGUUCCCAUACGACCGCGUUGGCGUGGUGA